GUUAGUAUUCCGCCAUCAAGUAUUUGUUCAUUGGCAAAGUUUGUAAAUAUAUUAUUGAAUAAUAAAAUUGUUAUUUAUUUUUAUAAGCAGAAGUAUUCGAAUCAAAAAUGUUGCAGGCCGUUCGUUCAAAUCUGUUAACGCGCUUGUUUCGAAAUCCCCGUAUAUGUCGAUAUAUCACAGCCACAGCAGAAAGCAAUACUAUAGGCACCGAAAAAAGUGAUAUUCCUCCUGGUGACGAAACACACUUGGAUGAGUUUACCAAAGAGUUUCUUAAAAAUCGCAUAGAAAUGUCGCCUUUUCAGAAGAUAUUACUCGGCGCGGGUUCAUCAAUUGCCGCCUUAAUAGAUCCACGAAGGCAUGACAUGAUCGCCGCUUUGGGGGAAACCACCGGCGAAUCGACUUUGCGGAAUAUCUUACACUCAAUGGAACUAACUGCUGAGGGUCAACGCAUACUGAAACAGAAGCCACGUAUAAACACGCAUACCGUAGAUAUGAACCAUUUACGUUCCUUAGGAGAGAAUACUCUUGGUCGGGUCUACGUAAAGUUCUUGGAUGACAAUAAAGUAACACCCGACUCGCGUAUGGAAGUACGUUUUAUUGCCGAUCCAAUGCUGGCAUAUGUGAUGACACGUUACCGUGAGUGUCAUGAUUUGGUGCACACAGUGCUGGGAAUGCCUACCAAUAUGCUGGGUGAAGUAGCCGUCAAGUGGGUAGAGGCGUUGAAUAACGGGCUGCCUAUGUGUUAUGGGGGUGCAAUAUUUGGUGCCAUGCGGCUACGUCCUAAACAACGGAAGGAGUAUGUUUCUCGUUAUUUGCCUUGGGCUCUGGAAAAUGGCAAGAAAAUGCAACCAUUAAUGCCUGUAUUUUGGGAAGAACGCUGGGAGCAAGAUAUAGGAGAGCUUCGAAAAGAAUUAAAUAUAACGAUCUUAGAAUUAUGAACCCAAGGGGUAACAUAUGGACUUGUGUUAAACAUUAUGUUUUUAUUUCCUUUUAUUUUCAAUACAAUUAGAUGAAUAAAUCAAAUAAACUGAAAUUUUACA